AUAUGAUCACACCCUAAAGAUAACCUUAUAAUUAAAGAUAUUUAUUGUUUGAACUUACGUUAUUUUAGAUAAUAUAUAUAUAUAUUUCUAGUACUAAAAAACUAUGGUUUUAAAAAUUGUGUAUAACCAAAUGAAUUUAGUGAGAGGGCUAUCUCAAAUAUCCAAUAAAAGCAAAUGGAAAAGUGUUGUAGGUCUAGAAGUUCAUGCCCAAAUAAAUUCAGCGAGCAAAUUAUUUUCUGGAGCCUCUACACAAUUUUCAUCACCUGUGAAUACAAAUGUUUCCUUAUUCGAUUGCUCCACUCCGGGGACAUUGCCGGUAUUAAAUAAAAGAAGCGUUGAAGCUGGUGUUUUAACAGCAUUAAGUUUAAAUUGUAAAGUAAAUCCUGUUUCUCAUUUUGAUAGAAAACACUAUUUUUACGCUGAUUUACCUAGUGGUUAUCAGAUAACACAACAAAGGGCACCUUUGGCAGUGGGAGGAUAUUUAGAAUUUCAAGUAUUCACACCGGGUAUUCAUAAAGUUCCUUAUACCACUAAAGUUAAAAUUAAACAAUUACAACUUGAACAAGAUAGUGGAAAAAGUUUACAUGAUGAAAAUAAAAGCUUUGUGGAUUUAAAUCGAGCAGGAGUUUCUCUUAUGGAAUUAGUUUUUGAUCCAGAUUUGAAAGAUGGAGAAGAAGCAGCUGCUCUAGUUAAAGAACUCAUUUCCAUUUUACAAAGGAUACAAACAUGCACUUGUAAAAUGGAAGAAGGAGCAUUGAGAGUUGAUGCCAAUGUGUCUAUCCACCAAGAAUCAGAACCUCUAGGAGUAAGAACUGAAAUCAAGAAUAUAGGUUCUGUGAGAGGGGUAGCUGGAGCAGUUUCAUAUGAAAUUCGUAGACAGAUAAAGUUGAAGGAAGCUGGACAAACUAUCACAAAUGAAACAAGAGCGUGGGACGCUAGCUCCAAAACUACAGUUGCAAUGAGAGAUAAAGAAGUUGAACAGGAUUAUAGGUACAUGCCAGAGCCUAAUUUACCUCCUCUUCAUAUUGCUAUGGGUCCAAUCCAACUUGGAAGUGUUAAUGCGGAUGAAUUGAAAAAGUGUAUACCUGAACUUCCAGAGGAAACAAGACAGAGAUUAAGAAAAGAAAAUGGUCUAACAUUGGAACAGUCCAUUAUAUUAGUUAAUGACAGUCCAUUAUUGAAAGUAUUUGAGGAAAUUUCAGCCAAAAAAGUUAGUGCAAAAUUGGCAGCCAAUUUUUUAAUUAAUGACGUUAACACUAUGCUGAACAAGAAAGACAUGGAUUCCAAAGAAAUUAUUAAUCCUGGGCACAUUGGAGAAAUAUUGGAAUUACUAGAAAGAGAAGAUAUUAAUCGAAAUACUGCUAGGAUUUUGCUGGAGAAUGUGCUGUCUGGUAAUGACCAAAAUCCAAAUCAGAUUGUUAAAGAAAAAGACUUGUUACAAAUAAGUGAUGAAACGGAAUUGAAAAAUAUUUGCAUUCAGGUUAUAGAAGAAAAUAAAAAAGCAGUUCGUGAUUAUAAAGCGGGUAAAACAAAAGCUUUUAAGGCUUUACUAGGAGCUGUAGUUUCAAAAAGUAAAAGUAGAGCCAACAUGAAGAAAAUUAUUGUUAUUUUAAAGGAUCUACUGGAAAAUUGAUUGUUGUUAAAUUUUUUUUAUAAAUAAAUGUUUGAGAAGUGUA